GCGUCGCCCGGGCCCGAACGACAACAAGCAACCGGGUGUGGAGGACCGCGGAGGAGCCUGCUGGGAACACCUCCGAUAAAAUCCACUGACGUGGGUUUAAAUGUUCUUCAGGCGAAACCGGGCAACAGAAGAGACAGCCGUUCUGUCUCCGGGGUCCUCGUUGGUACCUUGGUCGCGGACAAACAAAACGCUCUCUGGGUGUGAGUCAUGGAGGUGGCCUAUGUGUGUGAGUGGGAGAAGAGACCCCAGAGCACACAUUGUCCCUCGGUUCCUCUGGUCUGCUCCUGGUCCUGCAGGAACCUAGUGGCCUUCACCAGCGACCUGAAGAACCAAGAAGAUGAGAAGGACGUCAGCCACAUGAUCCACAUCAUAGACACCGACCAUCCCUGGGACGUCUACUCUAUUAACUCAGGGCAUGCUGAGGUCAUUUCCUGUCUGGAGUGGGACCGGUCAGGCUCCAGGCUGCUGUCUGCGGACGGAGAUGGGACCAUUAAGUGCUGGGCGAUGGCGGACCACCUGGUGAGCUCGUGGGAGUCGUCCCUGGGCAGCACUCUGGCCGGGGAGCCCAUCGUGGCCCUCUCCUGGCUGCACAACGGGGUGAAGCUGGCCCUGCACGUGGAGAUGUCCGGCUCCACCAACUUCGGGGAGAAGUUCUCCCGGGUGAAGUUCUCCCCGUCGCUGACGCUGUUCGGGGGUAAGCCGAUGGAGGGCUGGCUGGCGGUCAGCAUCAGCGGUCUGGUGACGGUGUCCUUGCUGAAGCCCAACGGGACGCUGCUCACCUCCAGCGAGAGCCUGUGCCGCCUGCGGGGCCGCGUGGCGCUGGCCGACAUCGCCUUCACCGGGGGCGGGAACAUCGUGGUGGCGGCGACAGAUGGCUGCAGCUCCUCCCCGGUCCAGUUCUACAAGGUGGUGGUUACCAUGGUGAAUGAGAAGUGUCGCAUUGACACAGAGCUGCUGCCGUCUCUCUUCAUGCGCUGCACGACGGACGCUGUCCGCAGGGAGAAGUACCCCACGGUCACACACCUCAGGUUCCUGACCAGAGAGAACUCUGAGCAGGUGCUGUUGUGUGCUUCCUGUCAGGGCGGGAGUAUCGUGGAGUGUUGGUCUCUACGGAAGGAGGGACUUCCUGUCAACAACAUCUUCCAACAUCGCUCCCCCGUCGUGGGGGAGAAGCAGCCCACCAUCCUGAAGUGGCGGAUCCUGUCGGCCACCAACGACCUGGAGCGCGUCUCGGCCGUGGCGCUGCCCAAGCUGCCCAUCAGCAUCUCCAACACGGACCUGAAGGUGGCCUCCGACACCAAGUUCUGCCCCGGCCUCGGUCUGGCGCUGUCCUUCCACGACGGGAGCCUCCAGAUCCUGCACCGGCUGUCCCUGCACACCAUGGGCGUGUUCUACGGCCCUGGGGGAGCGGCCCGGCCUGGGGAUGACUCCGCCGUGAAGCGCCAGCGGACCGGGGCCCCCCCGCUGCACUUCAAGGCCCUCCAGUUCUCCUGGACCUCCCUGGCCCUGGCCGGGGUGGACAACCAGGGCAAGCUGCACAUGCUCCGAGUGUCCCCCUCCAUGGGCCAGCUGCUGGACAUGAACACCACGCUGCGCCACCUGCUGUUCCUGCUGGAGUACUGCAUGGUGACGGGCUACGACUGGUGGGACGUCCUGCUGCACGUGCAGCCAGCCAUGGUCCACAGCCUGGUGGAGAAGCUGCACGAGGAGUACAUGAGACAGAACCACGCGCUGCAGCAGGUCCUGGCCACGCGCAUCGUGGCGGUGAAGGCGUCUCUGUGUAAGCUGUCGUCGGCCACCGCCGCCCGGGCCUGUGACUUCCACGCCAAGCUGCUGCUGAUGGCCAUCAGCUCCACCUUCAAGUCCCUACUGCGGCCACACACCCUGCACAGCCCCGACAAGAGCCCUGGAGACCGGCUGGCCGAGAUCUGCUCCAAGAACACCGACGUCGAUAUUGAUAAGGUGAUGCUGAACCUGAAGACAGAGGAGUUUGUUCUUGACGGCCCUCCUCUCCAGUCGCUCCAGCAGCUCAUCCAGUGGGUUGGAGACUUCGUCCUUUACCUGCUGGCCAACCUGCCCAACCAGGGUUCGAUAGUGCGUCCGGGCUUCGGGUUCCUGCGGGACGGAUCGUCUCUGGGGAUGCUCCGGGAGAUGAUGGUGAUGAUCAGGAUCUGGGGCCUUCUGAAGCCCGGCUGUCUGCCCGUCUACACGGCCACGUCCGACAGCCAGGACAGCAUGUUCCUGCUGUUCCGCCUCCUCAGCCGCCUCUGGCUCUGCUCCCGUGACGACGGCCCCCCCCAGGAGCCGGACGAGGGGCUGGUUGACGAGUGCUGCCUGCUGCCCAGCCAGCUACUGGUUCCCAGUAUGGACUGGUUACCAGUCAACGACGGGGUCAUCGUAAGGCUGCAGGGCAAGCUGCCGCUGCGCCUCACCUUCGGGAAGAGCUGGUCCCUGGCCGGGGGGCUAGACAGGGGUCAGGGGGUCCAGUGGAUGGAUAACCUGCGCUGUCUCCACCUGGGGGUCUGCCCUACGGAGGACAGCAAGGCGUGCACCAGGUGCGGCUGUGUGACGAUGCUCCGCUCGCCCAACAAGACCAACGCCAUGAAGCAGUGGGAGCAGCGCUGGAUAAAGAACUGUCUGUGUGGAGGACUGUGGAGAAGGAUCCCCCCCAACCUGACCUGAGCACACCUGGACCAAGACACACCUACACCUGGACACACCUAGCUACACCUGGACACACCUAGCUACACCUGGACACACCUACACCUGGACACACCUAGCUACACCUGGACAUACCUAGCUACACCUGGACACAGCUACACCUGGACACACCUACACCUGGACACACCCAGCAACACCAGGACUAACCUAGCAACACCAGGGCUAACCUAGCAACACCUGGACAAGAGGUGGAGAGAAUGCUGUUUGUUUAUGUAAAUAUUACUGUUAACCAAUAUUUUUCAUAUUAAUUUCUGCCUUUUUGUAUUUUUAUUAAAGUGAAUAAGAAAGA